AUGCGCGUGGUUACCAUUGUGAUUCUGCUCUGCUUUUGCAAAGCUGCUGAGCUGCGCAAAGCAAGCCCUGGGGGUGUGAGAAGCCGAGAGAAUCAUGGCCGGGCGGGUGGAGGCCGAAGAGGCUCCAACCCAGUCAAACGCUAUGCUCCAGGCCUCCCCUGUGACAUGUACAUGUAUCUCCAUGAGAAAUACUUAGAUUGUCAAGAAAGAAAAUUACUUUAUGUGCUGCCAGGCUGGCCUGAGGAUUUGCUGCACAUGCUAUUAGCAAGAAACAAGAUCCGCAUAUUGAAGAACAACAUGUUUUCCAAGUUUAAAAAGCUGAAAAGCCUGGAUCUACAACAGAAUGAGAUUUCCAAAAUUGAGAGUGAGGCAUUUUUUGGUUUAAACAGACUUACCACCCUCUUACUGCAGCAUAACCAGAUCAAAGUCUUGACAGAGGAGGUGUUCAUUUACACGCCUCUCCUGAGCUACCUGCGUCUUUAUGACAACCCCUGGAGCUGUACUUGUGAGAUAGAAACCCUGGUUUCCAUGUUGCAGAUUCCAAGGAACCGGAAUUUGGGGAACUAUGCCAAGUGUGAAAGCCCAGAAGAACUAAAAAAUAAAAAACUGCGGCAGAUAACAUCUGAACAGUUAUGUAAUGAGGAAGAAAAGGAACAAUUGGACCCGAGACCCCAAGUGUCAGGCAGACCUCCAGUCAUCAAGCCUGAGGUAGACUCAACUCUUUGCUACAAUUACGUGUUUCCCAUACAAACACUGGACUGCAAAAGGAAAGAGCUGAAGAAAAUUCCAAACAACAUCCCUCCAGAUAUUGUUAAACUUGACUUGUCAUACAAUAAAAUCAAGCAACUUCGACCCAAGGAAUUUGAAGAUGUUCAUGAGCUAAAGAAAUUAAUCCUCAGCAGCAAUGGCAUUGAAUUCAUAGAUCCUGCUGCUUUUUUAGGGCUCACACAUUUAGAAGAGUUAGAUUUAUCAAACAACAGUCUGCAAAACUUUGACUACGGAGUAUUAGAAGACUUGUAUUUUUUGAAACUCUUAUGGCUCAGAGAUAACCCUUGGAGAUGUGACUACAACAUCCACUACCUCUACUACUGGUUAAAGCACCACUACAAUGUCCAUUAUAAUGGCCUGGAGUGCAAAAUGCCUGAAGAAUACAAAGGGUGGUCUGUGGGAAAAUAUGUUCGAAGUUACUAUGAAGAAUGCCCCAAAGACAAGUUACCAGCAUACCCUGAGACUUUUGACCAAGAUGCAGAAGAUGAUGAAUGGGAAAAAAUACAUAGAGAUCACACGACAAAGAAGCAAAGUGUGAGAAUCACUAUAGUGGGAUAA